GUUAAUUUGGUAGUGUUUUUUGUUUUUCCGUUUUAAACCAUUAGUGGUGUAUUUUGUUGUCACAUACCAAAUUUGAUGAUUAAUUUUUUGAAUUUAUAAUUUCAAUCUGUUCAUCUCCAUCGCUGAAAUGGACUGAUAAUUUGUUUCCACCAACCGCCAAAUCUAUCUUUCUCCGAUUUCUCAUUCAGUCUCUCACUCUCGUUCACUUCUCGGUUCUCCGUUCCCAAAUCCAUUUGUUUCCUUUCUGCCGAUCAAUUUCAGCCCCCACUUGGAUUUGGUGAUCUACAAGAUCUGUUAAAUGUAUCAGGUUUGAUCGCUUCUUUUGGUUUUUUGAAGGUUGAAGACGAAGAAGCCCAUUAGUUGCUGAGAAGAUGCGAAGUAAGGGAUCGAAUGCUCGCCUUUCGGGCAUGCCUAUUCGAUCCCGAAUUCCCACCCUUUUGCUCUCCAUGUUCGCCACCUUCGCUUCAAUCUACGUCGCUGGCCGGUUAUGGCAGGAUGCGGAGAACAGGGUUUACUUGAUUAAGGAGCUGGAUAGGCUAACUGGUCAGGGACAAUCUGCCAUUUCAGUGGACGAUACAUUAAAAAUCAUAGCCUGCAGGGAACAACAGAAGAAGUUGUUGGCGCUUGAGAUGGACUUGGCUGCUGCUAGGCAGGAAGGUUUUACGGUGAAGCAUUCAAGAGAGACUAAUGAAACAAAGAUCCCCUUGGUUGUAAUUGGAGUCAUCACCAGAUUUGGCCGCAAAAACAACAGAGAUGCAAUUCGUAAAGCAUGGAUGGGAACUGGUGUUUCUUUGAGAAAAAUGGAGAGCCAGAAGGGAAUAAUUGCUAGAUUUGUCAUUGGAAGAAGUCCAAACCGUGGGGACAGUUUAGACAGGGCCAUUGACGAUGAAAAUGGACAAUAUAAUGAUUUCAUUAUACAUAAUGAUCAUGUGGAGGCACCUGAGGAGCUUUCAAAGAAGGCCAAGCUUUUUUUUGCUUAUGCUGUUGAUAAAUGGAAUGCUGAAUUUUAUGCCAAAGUCAACGACGAUGUUUAUAUAAAUAUUGAUGCCCUAGGGAGCACACUUGCCUCUUACUUGGACAAACCUCGUGUCUAUGUUGGGUGCAUGAAAUCUGGUGAAGUAUUCUCAGAACCGAGCCAUAAAUGGUACGAACCAGAUUGGUGGAAAUUUGGUGAUAAAAAAACAUACUUCCGUCAUGCUUCUGGCGAAAUGUAUGUCAUAUCUAAAGCCCUGGCCAAGUUUAUUUCAAUAAACAGAUCUCUUCUCCGUUCUUACGCUCAUGACGAUGUCACGGCUGGUUCCUGGUUUAUCGGGCUUGAUGUCACAUACAUUGACGAGGGAAAGUUUUGUUGCUCUUCUUGGUCUGCAGGAGCCAUUUGCGCUGGUGUCUGAUUGAUUUGCUUGAAGAUCCUUGAUGGGAAAAGCGGAAAUACCAGCUUGAAGAGAACACAUAACUAAUUUAUCUCUUUUUGAUGUCCUUGUGUGUGGCUAGACGAAAGGCAAGAAAGCUUGGCAUACUUUUGGUUUCUUACUUAACGCUGAGUUCUGGAGAGACUGGCUUGAGGUUCAACAGUUUGUAAGAUGUGCAACACAGAAAGAUCAACAAUUGAAGGGGAAACUUAACUUCAUUCUUUGGACUUCACUUCAUCUUACUGACGUUCUUAUAUGUGAUUUUGUUGUUCAUUUAGCUCCGGAUGUAUGUUAAUUCUUUCAGGCGAGUUGGACCUUCGAGAAAUAUGUAGAUUUAAAGGCACAGUUUUAUGAAGCACCUAUUAUCGACGAUAA